AUCUGGCUGCUGCGGAUCUGCAUCUUCUUUUCCCGCCGACACCAAGCAGGACGCGGCGCGGAUGUCUUCACCCGCCAUGGAAGUUCAGUAGGAGGCGAAGCUUCUUCCCCUCAUGUUGUCCUCGGGAGACCCGCUGGACUUUCCUCGACGUGACCCAGCACCGAAUGACCAAAGCUGGCUGCUUGGGAACCAUGAAAAGGUGCUGGUGGGAGCCGCUCCUCCUCCUCCUCCUCGGCUUGCUUGGGGCUCUGCCGGGGCCCCUCGGGGCUGGGACCCCCGCAAACAGCAGCCCGGAUGCGGGCACGACCGCGUUCCGCCCUCCGAACACCUCCGACCAAGUGAACACGGAGUACGAGUUGACUUCCGCUUUUCCUUCCACGGAGAGUUUUUCUCCAUCUCAGCGGGACCUGCCGCUCACUCUCUCCCCGGAUACUGAGCAACCACAAACCCUGAGAGAAACCAGCACCAGGUCCCAGGAGACCAUCAGUGCGUCCACUGAGAUGUUUACGUCCUCCACAGUCGGUCACUCCUCCGAAACCAGCAGCAGCAGCAGUAGCGACUCCCCGCAAACACGACAUCUUCCCGACGUGUCACUCGGUAUCUCUGAUCGAGCACUGUCUCCUCGGACGGUGACAGAGGACCUUCCGCGGGACAGCCCACGCUCGAGUGUGCGCACGGGGGAGCCCGCGUCGUCCCCGUCGCAGACACAGGCCCUCACGGACCGCGUCUUCAACGCCACCGCCGUCAGUCGGGCUGGCGAGAGGACGCUGCUGUCCGUCACCUCCUCUUCCUCCAGCAAUAGCUCGGCGGUCACACAGGACUUCAACUCCCAUCAGCCCCGCUCCACCUGGAGCGUCGCAUCCACCGUGGAGACUGAGGACUACACCCACAGCGCCCCGUCCACCAGGAGUGAAGAAACCAGGAGCCGCUCUUUAACUGCGUCUUCGUCUUCAGAGCCUGACAGCCCAGAGACCCCCGCAGGGACCCAAACUCUUGUUGGACCUCUAAAUACCACCCAACACCAAUACAUCCCAACAUCUGAGGAACCUUCACAGUCAACGCGCGGGAUCUCCAGCACAGACCCCAUCCAUGAGUCCACCUCAUCCACGCCUCCUGCUGGACGCCCCACGCUCGCAUCAUACCCAUAUUCCACCCUCCAGCCCUCCACGGAAUCUUCCGCCGGAACCGGCAGCUUCAGCACUCGGAGGCACGAGGCCACCGAGAGUUCACCCGAGAGCAGAGAGGAAAGUGUGAGCUUUAUUGUCACCACAGCGCCCCCACUGGUCAGCAGCACAACUAACCAGUAUGACUCUCAGAGGGAAACAACUGCAGUCUUCAUCGCCACGACAACAGUCACAGGAACUGACAGAUCCGAGGUAACAGAAGAGGAGACGGACAUGAAUCGUAAAUCGACCGUGUUCACCAGUGUCCCUCCGCUCCUCGCCACCUCCUCUUCCACGCUGGGCUUUACGCCGCAGCCUUCCACCCAGGCCACCAUCUCCUCCACCACCGGCGCCCCGAAUCCGCCCCAGCAGAUGUCCGCGGCACCCCCGGCUCUCAGCCGAGUUCCCACGGCAUCGACCAAGACGACCCGGCCCGCCGACAUCACCGCCUGGCAGCGGGAAACCAGCGCGGGUGCCACCACGCCGCAAAGUCCACACUCCGCUGCCACGCACACCCGCACCAACCCUACGGAGCGCACAGAGGCUCCGCCCACCACACGCGUGCCCACAGACAGGGUGACCACAGAGGAAGUGGCAACGUCAUCUCCCACUCAUGUUCAGCCCACCAAGGCAGCUCCACCAACAACAGGAAUAAACCUGAGAUGCAAAAUCCAAACGGUGUCCCACGUCCUCAUCACCGCGCACCAGAACACAACGCGGUGUAGUCGGAGACAUGCAGACCGCCCCAGCUACAUAUGUGCCUCCUAG